ACUCUCCUUCCUUUCUUAUUUUUUUCCUUUUCUUUUCUCCCAUUUUAAUAUUUCAAUUAUUGCACCAAAACAAAAACAAAAAAAAGAUAAUAAUAAAAAAAUAAAGAAGAAGAAAAAGCACCUACUUUCUUUUUCUUCUUCUUCUUCUUCCUCCAUCUAGGUUUUUUUAUAACCAAAUUCUCGUGACUUCCAAUAUUGCCACUCAGAUCACUGGCAUCCAUACCCAACUCACAAACGUAGAAAAUCCAAAAAACAAAUCAAAACUUUCAGAAUACUUGAGAGUGAUGAUAGCCUCUUAUUCAUUAAUUAAAUUGAAUUGAAGUGAUUCACACAGAAACUUGUUCAUAGUUUUUGAGAUAUAUAAUUGAAGCUACUAAAUUUCGGUUUAACUUCACGACAAGUUUCUUGGAUCUCUGAGCAUGACUGGGAACCAAGAGCAGUUUGAGAUCAAGUUUAGGUUGACGGAUGGUUCUGAUAUUGGCCCCAAGAGUUUUCCUGCUGCCACUAGUAUUGCAACCUUGAAAGAAAGUAUUCUUGCUCAGUGGCCAAAAGAUAAGGAGAAUGGCCCAAAGACUAUAAAAGAUUUGAAGUUAAUUAGUGCAGGAAAAAUAUUGGAGAACAACAGAACAGUUGGGGAAUGCCAGAGUCCUCUAUGUGAUGCCCCUGGCACAGUUACAACAAUGCAUGUGGUUGUGCAACCACCUACUACAGAAAAAGAGAAGAAAACUGCAAAGGAAGCAAAACAACCCAAAUGCGGUUGUGUUAUUUUAUAGCAUUGAGAUUGAAUAGCAAAUGUCGUCAUCUUUCUUAGGUGGUUAGAGACGCUUCGUUUUCACGUAAUUUGUGUGGCUUUCAAAGAUUUCCUCAUACACAAAUUAUUGGUCGCAUGCCUCUUCGUUACUACAAGCAAAAAUUCUUGUACAAUUUUCACAGAAAAUGUUACUGAGAUGAACUCUCUACAAGUUUACCAUUUGUUGUACCUUAAGUGUAUUUUGAAAUUGUUCUUAUACAUGUGCUUGAUGCAAAAUGUUUGUAGACUUAACUGUGUUGAAUAUUUUGAAUGUGCUUUAUUUUACUUAUUUUUUAUAUGGUAAUGUUGCUACUCUUGUAUAGUAACUUCAUCUAUAUUAUAAAAUGGAGGCUUCAUGCUUGAAUA